UGAUCCUAUGGCAUCUUACACAUCACCACCGGUUCAGCCACCCUGGACAAGUGAAAAGACUAGCAUCUCGCCUAUUUAUAGCGGCUUGUCUCACCCGUGCCUUGCCUAUUCGGGUUUAGCCCCCCAAUACACCCCAAACACCCUGCGCUUCUCUUUGCCUCUGAUCAUCCUUUCCACUUCGACCACUCCUCCACAUUUCCAAAUCCUUCUCCCUCUUCUCUCGCUUCAUUUAUCGUCACUCGUUUGGCAGAAUCGCUCGCUCACACUGUUCACGAUCGAAGUUGCGAAUUUCGGACCCGCCCCCCUCCACAAAACCCCCAUAUUCGGUGAUCUGCAAGCUCAGGGUCCAAGACAGGUCAACAGACCAGCCAAAUUUUCUCGGCUCUCUACGUUAGAUCAAUCGCCCUCUUUCCUCUGGACAACGCUCGCUGAAUAGCCUCAUCCAAGUUAUAAGAGCCUCUUCUUUUGUUGUCUUGACUGCCAAACACCCUCUGUCAACACCCGCCAGUGACUCCACCCACCCGGCUAAGGCAAGGGGGUUUGUUGAUUCGGCUUUUUUCUCCGACCAGGGGGCCUCUCUCUCCAUCCCUGCUGUCCUUGAUCGACUCCUGCUCCUCCCCAACAUCACGAUCGACGUGAUUGAUUCUUCAUCAUGCGGUCUUUCUUCUUGAGCGUGCUCUACGCUGUGUUGUUUCUGGGUGUGAUUACCUCGGCCUGGCCAUGGGAUGGGCUGUUGGCCGCGCGGGGUGACGCCCUGGAUAGGCGAGCAGACUCGACUACUACCAACGCUGCCACUACUGGUUCAGGUACCACAGAUGCAACCACCGCUGCCUCCACCUCCGACUCUUCUGCCUCCGAAACCUCCACUGGAACCUCCACGGGAACCAACACCGAUGCCACGACAACGGGGACCGAUACUUCAACGGGUACAAGCACUGGCACCAACACCAAGAGCAGCACCAAGACCAAGACAACCACAACCUCUUCCAUCUCAAUUGACCCUGCCGCUGGUGCGGGAGGUAUCUCGAUGAUUACCCCCGCAGCUACGUCUACCACCUACUUCAAGGUCGGAUACAACGCAACCUUUGUGUGGAACUAUACCUCGCUCUCGGUCACCCCUUCCGCCAUCGACGUGGUCGCUUCUUGCAGCCUGAACAGCCAGACCUAUACUCUUACCCAGAACAUGAGUGUUGACCCCACCGGCACUUUCAUCUGGGACACCGAGAAUUAUCAGGCCUCCCAGACCAUCUCCCUGCUGACUGCGACCUACACACUGUUUGUGUACGAUGCGGACAAGUCACUUGACGACACUGCCGAGGCAGGCUACCUGAGUGGAUCGGUUGGAUACAGCUUCGGAAUGUAUCGCAGGGAGUCCUACACUCCUCUGAAUGAAUUCAAAUGUGCCACCUGCAGUGGUGCCAUCUCCGAUAUCCAACGCCAGGGCCUCAAAUUCGCAGUCGGCAUGGCCCUCAUCACCAUCCUGUCCUUCACCUGGUUCGUCGGUGGGGCAGGUCUUCUCUAUACUUGACGAGUCGCCAUCACCGACAGCGAGUGUGGCACCGGACAUUCUCAUGGAUAUAUUUUGACACCGGGGCGUUUCAUUGUUUUGAAAAGCGAUUUGGAAUUACGAUACUAGCAAGAAAACCGGCGUUUGUUGAUACUGCGGACAUAAGAACGGUUCCGCUUUUUUGGGUUUUGUUUCUUCUUUCUGGGUAUCUGGGUUGUGUCUUUGUUUUCCACCUCUCUCCAUCUGCUUGCAUCUCAUACGGUUAAGAGACAAGUCUGCGGAUUGCCGUGCCGUGGCCUUUCAUUGUAUUUUCGGAUUGGGAACUACCCACAUGCUUUAAUUGAUUAUAUUUGUCGGCACAUAUUUUGACUUCUUUGUUGGAUUGUCUCCGGUGGUUAUCACGGGAGUAGUGCCAGGACGACGCAUACAGGACAAAGAUAGAAUGGAACAGUUUGGUUCUCUAACUCCUCUGGUCUCAUU